AUCUGACGUGGGUCUGUGUCAAUCACGGUGUCCUGAAUCCGGACGCCUUUUCUGCAGGGCAUGGGGAGGACGGCAACCGAACUCCCAAAGUAGCUCUUUCCCCACGAUAAAAAGGCAGACUGCUAUUCUCAUACUACACGGAAGAUAUGGCGAGGACGGAGACGGUGAGGAACGCUGAGCUGCUUGUGGAGAAAGCCAUGAAAGGGAACGAUGCUUCCCAUGACCCAGCUCACGUUUGGAGGGUCCGUGACCUUGCUCUAUCCCUUGCUCGCGAGGAAGGCCUCUCUUCCAGCCCGACCUCCAUGGAAAUUGUAGAGCUUGCUGCCUUGCUUCAUGAUAUAGGUGACUACAAAUACUUGAGGGAUCCAUCUGAGGAAAAAAUUGUGGAGAAUUUCCUUGAGGAAGAGGGAGUUGAGAAGGACAAGAAGUCGGCCAUUUUGAAGAUAAUAAAGGGAAUGGGUUUCAAAGAGGAACUGGCAGGACAUGCAAAUCGUGAAGGGUUUCCUGAAUUCGGGGUUGUGCAAGAUGCUGAUCGACUUGAUGCAAUUGGUGCCAUAGGAGUUGCUCGUUGUUUUACCUUCGGUGGAAGUAGGAACAUAAAGCUGCAUGAUCCUGCUAUCUUGCCACGGUCUGAAUUAUCCAAGGAGCAAUAUGUGAACAAAGAUGAGCAAACUACCAUCAAUCAUUUUCAUGAGAAGCUUUUGAAGCUUAAAGAUAUGAUGAAAACCGAGGCUGGGAAGAGGAUGGCUGAGAGAAGGCAUAAAUUCAUGGAGGAGUUUCUGAAAGAGUUUUAUGAGGAAUGGAACGGUGUGGCUUAAUAUAAGGAACUUGUUCUUUCCCAGAUCCAUCGCUUAAUGUAUGUGUGCGCGCGCGCGCGUAGGCAUAUGGCAUUGGUACCUUGGAAAGAGCUAAAUGGUUAUAAAUUAUCACAUCUUGGGACAGUAUUCUGAUUAUGGAGCACGCAGACUAUGGAGGCCACUACAAAAGCUGUUCACCCCUGCCGUUCAAUAUCCAUUCAUGCUUCAUUUUGCAAUUCACCAAGUCUUUUCUGAAACUUUGUAAGGAUGCUAUGGCCUAUAAAUAUGUUAAAGAGAAAUUGAACUCUGCCCACGUCAUUGACGAAGGUGCUGUUUAGAAUGGCUUGCUCAAGAAUUAUAAAACUCGAGUUCUGGUAAUGUAAAAGAUUUACAUUUUAAGGGCACUUACACCAUCAAAACUGGUUAUUAAUAAGAUGGGAAUUAUUAAACUUGGUAUGUAGAGGCAUUUCAAGCUAACCAGUAGAUGUGACCAUUUUUCUUUGGAGCUAUCUUGUCUUGUAUACUACGGUAUUUCUAGUUUUCUGACAAA